GUGUGUAUUUCACCCGGUAGAAGAGGCAGAUGUUGAGUAGUUAGAUUAUGAGCUCAAUUAAUAAUGGGGAUGGGUCAGAUUAACUCAUUUUGGCUUGGAAAACGCCUGAAAACCAUCAUUAAGUACAUGAAAACAUUUUAUGUCUGCCAAAGGUAAAGGACACACAGCCAUAACAGCUUUCUUCCUGUUGUAAUAGCUUAGUAGUUUCUGUGUUGAAUUUAGUUUUUCCUUCGGCUGUCAUACUGAAUGCCGCCGCAGACAGCAGUGUGACCAAUAGGCUGAAAAACACGCAGAGGAGACAAAGCUCAUGUCCCAUUGAUUUAGUGAAUCGGGCCCAUGUGUGCGACAUGUGACCAGCAGUCAAAUAAAGCAGUAGGCUGAUGAAACUUUGGUCAGGAACUUCGUAAAGAGAGGCUGCGCAGACGCUCAGUGAACGGAACAUGCCUCCUGCUCCAGCAGAUGUUUUGGGCUCCAAGCCCCUGGAUGGCGGUUGGGGCUGGAUGGUGGUGAUUGGGGCCCAUAUUUCCAUUGGGUUUGCCUACUCCACACCCAAAGCCCUUUCCAUUUUCUUUAAAGACAUUCAAGAAGACUUGCAGGCUGGCUACAGUGAAAUAGCAUGGAUUUCCUCUAUUAUGCUAGCUGCCAUGUAUGCAGGAGGACCGGUGAGCAGCAUGUUGGUCAAUCGUUUUGGGAGCCGACCAAUUGUCAUCAUAGGUGGACUGAUGUGUGGAGUGUCUAUGGUAACCGCCUCUUUUGGGAGCUCCAUCGCUUAUCUCUACUUCUGCAUUGGCGUCAUUGGAGGUUGUGGACUCGCCUUUAACCUGAAUGCAUCUCUCACCAUCAUCAGUAAAUAUUUUCUGGCCAGGCGUCCUUUAGCCAAUGGACUUGCUAUGGCUGGCAGUCCAGUGUUCCUUUGUUUCCUGGCUCCUCUUAACCAAUAUCUACUGGGCACAUAUGGCUGGAGAGGAAGCCUCCUUAUCCUGGGGGGUCUGAUGCUCAACUGUUGUGUUGCUGGAGCCCUCAUGCGACCUGUUUGUAAGCCACUCUCUUGUGCACCGCAGCAAAACGUGGAUCGGCCAAAUAAGUGCAAGACUAAGAUAAAAGGAAGCUGUGUGAAGAACACAAAGAAGUUUGUGGAUCUGUCCUUUUUCAGGGACAGGGGCUUUGUCAUUUACCUAAUAGGAAAUGUCAUGUUCAUUUUUGGAGCGUAUGCACCCAUUGUGUUCCUGUCUACUUAUGCAGUUAGCCAAGGUGUUGAGAAGUACUCUGCAGCCUACCUGCUCUCCAUUAUGGGCUUUGUUGACAUGUUUGUUCGACCCGGCACCGGCCUGGUAGCCAACAGCAAGUGGAUCAGGCCUAGAAUUCAGUACUUCUUCAGCUUUGCCAUGGUUUUUAAUGGAACGUGCCAUUUGCUGUGCCCUCUGAUGAAGAGCUAUACCCUCCUGGUGGUCUACGCAGUAUUUUUUGGUGUGGGGUUUGGGAUGGUUUUCGCCCUGAUAUUUGAAUGCCUUAUGGAUCUGAUGGGAAAUCAGCGCUUCCCCAGCGCCGUUGGACUUGUCACGAUCAUGGAGUGCUUCCCCAUGCUACUGGGACCACCUGCUGCAGGGUUACUGGUAGACAUCUUUGGCGACUACAAGUACCUUUUCCUCAUGUGUGGUUCAGUCAUCACGGCUGGCGGGCUUUUUCUCUUCGUCAUGAACAUCUACAACUACCACAUGCUGGAGAAAGAAAAGAGAGCUAAAGACCGAGAGCGUAACCAAACUAACAUAGAGAACCAGGAGCAGAUGAGCAUCUCAGCGGCAGAGAUGGAGCAGCCUGAAGCUGAGGAGACGGAGAUGAGCGCAGCCCAGCAGGACCCAGAGAGCGCCGAAACAAAAUGAAAUGUGAUUGCUUUAUUAAGCGUGAAUGCAGCGGGAUGAUAGUUGUAGCUGUACAGGUUGAUCUUAGCACAGAUUGCUUUCUGCUUGCUCACACUCAUUUUUAACAGACUGAUUUAUUCGUUCAGUCAGUCGGCAAUUACUUUGACAUUUGAUGAACUGUAAAGUCUUUCAACCAGCAGACAACACAGAGACUACAGCCAUGCUAACAGGCUGUAUAGCUAUUUGAGCUAAUUGCUAAUAUCGGUGCGCAAAGCUGCUUAAGGUUGUUAAACGUGGAGAUUUCUCACUGGUAUAAAUUUGACUUUAUUCACCAUGUUAGCUUAGUGUGUUUACUUUUAUUUUUUUUUCUUACAACUUUUGCUAAUUAGCACAAAGUAGAGCUAAAGCUGAUGGAAGUUUUGCUGUACAAGCCAUACAUGAACAACUUUGACCUGAUUAUGGCUCUUCAUGAAGAAUUUAAGAUGGUUAACCAAUUUUUUGAAAGUUUAAAAAAGAUUAGCUACCUUUCCUGUGCAUGUGAGUUUGUGCAGCCUGUAAGUAAAUAUCAGUAUUGGGUCAAGUUUUUUUUUUUAAGAUGAGAAAUGCAUCUUGUUGGAGUACCUUUUGUGUUACCAAAAACAAAAAACCUUUUUGCAAUUCAUUCUUGAUCCUGCCAGUUAUUUUGUUCUGAAGGCACGAAUCUUAUUAUACAUUAACCUUUUGAAUUGUUAUUGAUCUACCUCAUUGCAAACCGAUAUGAGCGCCUUUUACUAUGUAAAGAACAAAAAGCUGUUUGUUUUCCCACAGAGUAGGUUGAGGAACUAAAACUAGAAGUUAUUAUUUCUGAGUUGAUUCACUGGCAUCAUCCUCUUUAUCAGUGGACCUCGCCAGCAGCUGUUGUGCUUUUUCACAUUUCAAGCAGAGCUGUUUGUAGCUGAGAGACCUUUUCUCAGACACAGUCUGUGAUUUCUUGUAUUGUUGUUCUUUUUUCUGCACGAUUGAAAACUGAUGCGAAUAUUUACCGUAAAAAAUUUAAAUUCUGGAAUUUACAGUUUGUUGAUUAGGUCAUGUUUUCACAAUGAUGUGAUCCUAUCCUGUGCAUCAAGUUUGGUUGAACUCUUGAUGGUUCAGGAGGGGUUUGUGGACAGACGGAGAUUUCUGUUUUUAUAGUAAGUUACAGCAAAUCUCAUGUUUUUAUUGUUUUCCUCAGUAUGCUUCAGUUGGAUGUUCUAAGGUUACAUGACACUUUCUAGAAACUUUGUAAAUUAUCCCACAGCACUAAGGUCACACAAUUGCAAAUGUGUUAUGUUACCCGUGACAACAAAGAAAUAAAAGAGUACUGUCACAAAGUACAACGCUAAGACCUUUAGGUAUAUGUCAAACUUUAGCUGCUCUAAACAGCAGCUUUUAGCUAAAUUUCUCUCUUUUUUUAAUAUCAGUCAUCUCUUUAACAUUCAUGGGGAAAUUAUGACCAGCAUGUUUUACUAAUUUACAGUCAUCUGUCCACUCUGUCAGCUCUCUAGAGGUAUGACAUUUGUACAACUGUACCUGCCUGGACUCUGGAGCAAUGUUGAAUUGUGUACUUCCCUGUAAACCUGUGAUGUUUUUCCAUCUUUGUUUCACCGUACUGAAACACUGAUAACAUAUUUUGUUGUAGUAUACUGUGAGAUCUCUUGCACAUGCAGUGAUUACAUUUUAUAACCUCUACUUUCUGUAUGUGAAAUACUAUAUCUGCUGGUCCAUAUUUUUCCAUUUUUUUGGUUGGUCUUUGUAAAGUCUGUAAAGUUUAAACAUACACUAACAAAGCCUGUUGUUGAGUCUUAAACUGACUUUAAUUCUGUAAUCAACAGCACAUGAUAACAUCUUUUUAACCUUUUUAACCUUUUGUCAGUAUUUAUUAAUUUCAAGCUGACACACAAACUAACGAGUGCCCGGAAAUGAUGCCAUAAUUUUGUGUUGACAUUUAGCAGUCACAUUUAUUUUAUGGAGAAGAUGGUUUUGUAUGAACUGUUAAUUGAUUUAAUGCUGUGUAUUUGCUUGUCUUAUUGGAUUUCUUUAUCUGAGUAACAAUUUUAAGGUUUACUCUUCGAUACUGUUCUGAUUCUUUUGAAAUUUACAGACCAGAUCUGACAUAUUUUUAACAUGUGCGCAUUGUACCAAUAAUAGUAGAUGACACUAGGUGGUUUAUCUAUGUAGAUGAUUAUUUAGGUCUUCAAAUGAGAAGGACGAAUAGCCCUGUUUAAUUUCCCUCCUCACUUUUUGCACUAUCCAGCCUGCUUUUUUUUGCAUUUCACUUUCAUCCGGCGAUGCUCAAGAAAUGCCAUCAAAUCAAAAUGUAGCGUGCAGCUUUUUCAAUGUUGGUGCCUGUGUCCAAUUUUUCACGACAAUUAGAAAACUGGGGAACAAGUUUGGAAAUGUCAGCAGCUUAAGGGUGUGAGCGCCUAAUGAAGCAAAGCCCGGCUGUUCCAGGCUAGUGCUCUUGUGUGCGGCCUCACACGCAUCAGCAAAUCAGUGGGCCAAUAAAUUAGAAAUGCACAGGCGAGUACACAUACACACGUGUUUGCUAUCUCCUGUCCCUUUGCUGGGUAUUAUACAAGGUCUUUGGACAUGACAAGGUGGAAAGAUACCCGAGAGACGAGGCUGCGGUUGCAGCGGCCAGAAAUCUGUUUGUCAUUAUUAUAUUCACUCUCACCUCGUGCUCCCCUCUGGCCUCCUGACCCUCCUCUACAGGCUGCCCUUCUCAUAAUGUUUGUUCCUGUGGAGUUCCAUAAAUGUUGUCCUCCAUGUCCAAUGGUAAAAAAAACAAAAAAAAAACAAGACUUCUGGAUCUCCAGAGGGUCUUGGAGGUGGUCCAAUGACUAGGCAAUGCUGGGUGAAAAGUGCUGUGGAGCAAAAAAUAAACAGCCGUGAAUAAAAUGGCUUGAGGGUAGUUUACACUUCUGCAUUGCUGUUUAGUAAUUUCACAGUUAAUGCAAUGUUAUGUGAUCAUGAUCUCAAUAAACACGGGCUAUGUCCUUACUAAA